AGUUUAGAAUGUUGGCCCACUCUGUAUUUGAGUUUGACACCCCUGCUUUAAAGUAUUAAGUGAUGUAAUCUUCUCGCAUGCGUGGACAAAUCGUGGUUUCCGAUACUUUAGCGCAUGCGCAGACACAUUGGGCAGCUCAAUAAAUCAUUUUUUUUAAUGCCGCACGGAGGCGCUGUGAGUUAUUGUUGUAUUCAUUCCCGCGAAGAAGAAGCAGAUCCCACAACAAUAACACUGCUAGCAAGAAGAGAAUGUGAGCAAUUUCGCUCUUGAAUCCUACUCAUAAAUCUUCAUUCUAAAACCGAACGACAGCUUCUACUUAUAAGUAACGUCACGGAAAGUAGUUUGCGGCGGCAAGUUUUUCUGGUCGAGCUCCCAUUUAGACUUUUAGCCGCUAGCUUAGCGUGUAGUCAGCGUACUUGUUGUUUGAUGUCAGUGGCGUCACGCUGCGUGUGCAAACAUGGAGAGUUUGUACAAGCGCAAAAUGUUCGCUUCAAUGCGCAAAACCAAGACCGACCUGUCGAAGAAGAGGGAGAUCGGCUUGCCCGCGUCAAUCCUGGACGACAGUGACGAAGGCUCCUUCUCCUCGUCCUCGUCCUCCAGGUCCCAGUCCGACUUCCACAGCUCCCCUGAGGACAGCGACCAGGACGAGUGGAAAAGGACUGACUCCGGGGACACUUCCAGCGACCACAGCCGCUCCGUGACUCGCAAGAAGCGGUCCUUCCUGGGAGGACGGGACAGCUCGUCCUCAUCCUCGUCCUCAUCCUCAUCUUCCAGCACUGGCAAAGAUGAUGAUGAUGAUGAUGAUGGUGGUGAUGGGGGGAAGAAGAAGAAGGAUGAUGCAAGUCAAGUGAAGAAGAUGGGGCCGCCACGGAAGAGGAGUCGGCUCCAGCGACAAGAUGAUUCGGACUCGGACGGCGCGGACGAGAAGCGGAAAAAAGAAGCGACUGAGAAGGCCAAGAGGAGACAAAGACACAACAAGCUGCUGGCGCUGUCCAAGAGGAUGAAGGCCCGGGUUCCGAGUCGCAGGUGGAACCGUGUCAAACAGUCUUGUACUUUCAGGAUGAGGAUUCCAAAGAUGAUGAAGAGGAAUCUGAUGGAGAUAAAGAUGGAGGAAAUGACGGCAAGGCUGAAGCAUCAUGUGCGGAUGCAGGAGAAAAGAAAGAAGAUGAGGACGAAGAUAAAGCAAUCGAGAAGGUGUAAAUCGUGAGCAAUGGAGUAUUUACGUUAAGACACAAGUCUACUGCGAUGACUCAUUAGCAUCAUGAAGGACAAGCUUGCAUACAAGGAAUCAAUAUGAAUUAAUAAUAAUAUGGCAAUGCAGCUGCUUGCGAUGAAAAGUGGAGCUACUAGGUCUACACUUUUUUGUGAUUGGGAAUAAUCCAACUUGUUUUGGGUGAAGAAAUUAAUCCUCCAGGCACUUUUGUUUUUCUUUUGUGUUCAGACUUGGCAGAAGACACCUUGCAGUAUGAGGGAGCGAGUAUGCAAAUGUCAAUGGAUGUACAAUCUAAAAACACAGGAAGCUCCAUUUUAACAGUAGCUCGCAGUGUCAAACACAUGUUGUACAAAUGUGCUUUUUAUUAAUAGAAACACACAAAAUACUGCUUCUUUUCAAGCAGGGGUCUCAAACUCAAUUUACCUGGCACGUCAAGUAUUCACUUCAUAAUCAUAUUUUAACCAAAUUAUGACAGACAUAUUAACUUGUUCAGCAGCUAUUGUGAUCCUUAGCUAUGGAAGGCCUCAAUUCAUUGUAAAUACAAAAUGUAUGCAUUAGAAAACAAAACAAAAGGAAAGUUAUAUUUUGACACUAAUGGGUUAUUCAGAAGAUUUUCAGAGACACAUCAGCUUGCUUAAAGGAACAACUAACUAAAAAACACACUCUGUAGGUCAGGGGCCUUCAACAGGGGUCCGCAGAGAUACUGCAGCGGGUGUCGUGAAAUUUUUUGGUUGAUUGAACAUUUUUUAUACAUUCUUUUAUAUUCCCACUCACAAUUUUACCACAAAUGUAAAUGUCUUUAAUUACAAAAAGACAUUGAUCCAACACAGUGCUGUGUAGUUUAUAAAUGGCAGUGACAUGGCCAUCAUACUCACUGUACCUUGUAAGUUUGAAAUAAAAACAUGAAUGGAUAAUAAUAUUAUUAUAUUCAUACCAGCCGGGCUGCCUACAUCCAUUUGGGGGUCCUUGGCCUGGAAAACAUUGAAGACCCCUGCUUAGGGCAACGACUCACUAUUGGAGAAUGAUAUGUUUAAACCAGUGGUUCUUAACCUGUGUUCGGUCGAACCCUAGGGUUUCGUUGAGUCGGCCUCAGGGGAGGUCAAAACACACCCGACUCAUCGUGUAAAUACAAACUUCUCCCUAUCGGCGUAUUACGGAUACGGCAACAGCUGACUGAUUUGCAGGUGUGUAAUUUGUUGUGAGUUUAUGCACUGUGUUGGUUUUGUUGUUUGAACAAGGUGAUGUUCAUGCACGGUUCAUUUUGUGCACCAGAAAAAAAACAUGGUAACACUUUAGUAUGGGGAACAUAUUCACCAUUACUUAGUUGUUUGUUAACAUGCAAAUUAGUAACAUAUUGGCUCUUAACUAGUCAUUAUUAAGUACUUAUUAAUGCCUUAUUCGGCAUGGCCUUAUUAUAACCAUAACCCUCUAACCCUGGCCCUAACCCUAACCAGAUAACUCUAAAUUAAGUCUUUAUUACUUAGAAUAUGUUCCCCUAGUGUCCAAAUAAUUCUAAAUUAAGUCUUUGUUACUUAGAAUAUGUUCCCCUAGUGUCCAAAUAACUCUAAAUUUAGUCUUUGUUACUUAGAAUAUGUUCCCCUGGUGUACAAAUAACUCUAAAUUAAGUCUUUGUUACUUAGAAUAUGUUCCCCAUACAAUAGUGUUACCAAAAACAUAUAACUUUGUCUUGAAUUCGAAAAAAAAACAUUUUAUUUUUCACUAAGGAAGGGUUCGGUGAAUGCGCAUUUGAAACUGGUGAGGUUCGGUACCUCCAACAAGGUUCAGAACCACUGGUUUAAACUCUAAACAUGUACUUUUUGCAACUAUUUACAUAAAGAUGCCGCAAUGCAUGCUGGGUCAGAAAUGAUGCCAGUGUUCUGACAAAAUGAGCUGCCUGGUCAAAAAAAGCUACCGUUUACUAUUUUCGAUGGAAACAAAAUGUAGGCUACCAUUAUUUGCCUCAUUCUGAACUUCCUUACACUUUAAGUGUCUACAUGCUUACUGGUCAGAAGACACAAUUAAAGGAGACAUAUGUAGGAAUCUGGCCAGAAAUGGUACUGCAAUCAUGGUCAAAAUUCUGUAGUCCCCCCCAAGCCCCUUCCCUGACUGAGGUUGCCAGAUACCCAGCCGAAUCCAGCUCGAUCGACUGGGCUACUCCAAGGAACUUCCAACUUCCACUGCCUCUUACUAGGGGUUGAGGUGCUGGGACCAUAAUAGCUGAAUAGAAAAGUAUUUUGUCAAUAACAAAUCUCUAACCAACACACUUUAAACAGAAAUUAGGCUUUUUUCAAGAAGAAGUACGCCAUGCCUGUGUACAAUAUCACAACAAAUCGCAAUCAUAUGGUUAUUGUCAGUACUAUCAGAAAACAAAGACUCAAACGAACUACAACCCAUCCAUCCAUCCAUCUUCUUCCGCUUAUCCGAGGUCGGGUCGCGGGGGCAGCAGCCUAAGCAGGGAAGCCCAGUCUUCCCUCUCCCCAGCCACUUCGUCCAGCUCCUCCCGGGGGAUCCCGAGGCGUUCCCAGGCCAGCCGGGAGACAUAGUCUUCCCAACGUGUCCUGGGUCUUCCCCGUGGCCUCCUACCGGUCGGACGUGCCCUAAACACCUCCCGAGGGAGGCGAUCGGGUGGCAUCCUGACCAGAUGCCCGAACCACCUCAUCUGGCUCCUCUCGAUGUGGAGGAGCAGCGGCUUUACUUUGAGCUCCCCCCGGAUGACAGAGCUUCUCACCUUAUCUCUAAGGGAGAGGAAACUCAUUUCGGCCGCUUGUACCCGUGAUCUUGUCCUUUCGGUCAUAACCCAAAGCUCAUGACCAUAGGUGAGGAUGGGAACGUAGAUCGACCGGUAAAUUGAGAGCUUUGCCUUCCGGCUCAGCUCCUUCUUCACCACAACGGAUCGAUACAGCGUCCGCAUUACUGAAGACGCCGCACCGAUCCGCCUGUCGAUCUCACGAUCCACUCUUCCCUCACUCGUGAACAACAAACUACAACCAAUGGUGAAAAUAAGUAGAGCAUGCUUAGCAGCCUAAUGUACACCCAAAACUAAAGAGAAGACAUUUUACCAAGGUAUGCCUAUAGGCUACUGUUUCAAACAUUUCAGAUUGCCAUACAACUUGGUACAUGUAGUCCACAAUAUGCAAACACGAAUGAGGAAUUGUUUUAUCAUGUGAUUUGGCUGUCUCCAUACAUUUCACAUUGCCAUGACAGCCGCGCUAAUGUCGGACCCAUUUCCUCAGCGUAUCAGCAUAUUGAGAACGGAAUAGGCACUGACACUACCCAUAUCCAUGUAGGUUUUAUUUGUCGAAAAUAUAUUUUACCCUGUCAGUUCAAUUACACAUCGACAUACAGGCUAAUGGGCCUAUAUGUCGAUGUGUAUGCUCCCAUUGACCGGACUAGCAUGCUAAGCAUUCGUUGCACGAACAUACUAGCUUUGUUAGUCAAGUUCAUAGACUGUAUUGGACAAUAUAGUUUACAUACGAAAUGUUCAUUUCCAUUUAUUACAAACCCCGUUUCCAUAUGAGUUGGGAAAUUGUGUUAGAUGUAAAUAUAAACGGAAUACAAUGAUUUGCAAAUCAUUUUCAACCCAUAUUCAGUUGAAUAUGUUACAAAGACAACAUAUUUGAUGUUCAAACUGAUACACUUUUUUUUUUUUUGCAAAUAAUCUUUAACUUUAGAAUUUGAUGCCAGCAACACGUGACAAAGAAGUUGGGAAAGGUGGCAAUAAAUACUGAUAAAGUUGAGGAAUGCGCAUCAAACACUUAUUUGGAACAUCCCACAGGUGUGCAGGCUAAUUGGGAACAGGUGGGUGCCAUGAUUGGGUAUAAAAACAGCUUCCUAAAAAAUGCUCAGUCUUUUACAAGAAAGGAUGGGGCAAGGUACACCCCUUUGUCCACAACUGCGUGAGCAAAUAGUCAAACAGUUUAAGAACAACGUUUCUCAAAGUGCAAUUGCAAGAAAUUUAAGGAUUUCAACAUCUGCGGUCCAUAAUAUCAUCAAAAAACCAACAUUGAAUGACCGUGACCUUCGAUCCCUCAGACGGCACUGUAUCAAAAACCGACAUCAAUCUCUGAAGGAUAUCACCACAUGGGCUCAGGAACACUUCAGAAAACCACUGUCACUAAAUACAGUUCGUCGCUACAUCUGUAAGUGCAAGUUAAAGCUCUACUAUGCAAAGCGAAAGCCAUUUAUCAACAACAUCCAGAAACGCCGCCAGCUUCUCUGGGCCCGAGAUCAUCUAAGAUGGACUCAUGCAAAGUGGAAAAGUGUUCUGUGGUCUGACGAGUCCACAUUUCAAAUUGUUUUUGGAAAUAUUUGACAUUGUGUCAUCCGGACCAAAGGGGAAGCGAACCAUCCAGACUGUUAUCGAUGCAAAGUUCAAAAGCCAGCAUCUGUGAUGGUAUGGGGGUGCAUUAGUGCCCAAAGCAUGGGUAACUUUCACAUCUGGGAAGGCACCAUUAAUGCUGAAAGGUACAUACAGGUUUUGGAACAACAUAUGCUGCCAUCUAAGCGCCAUAUUUCAGCAAGACAAUGCCAAGCCAUAUUCAGCACGUGUUACAACAGCGGGGCUUCGUAAAAAAAGAGUGCAGGUACUUUCCUGGCCCGCCUGCAGUCCAGACCUGUCUCCCAUCAAAAAUGUGUGGCGCAUUAUGAAGCGUAAACUCCGACAGCAGACACCCCGGACUGUUGAACGACUAAAGCUCUACAUAAAACAAGAAUGGGAAAGAAUUCCACUUUCAAAGCUUCAACAAUUAGUUUCCUCAGCUCCCAAUCGUUUGAGUGUUGUUAAAAGAAAAGGUGAUGUAACACAGUGGUGAACAUGCCCUUUCCCGACUACUUUGGCACGUGUUGCAGCCAUGAAAUUCUAAGUUAGUUAUUAUUUGCAAAAAAAAAAAAAGUUUGAGUUUGAACAUCAAAUAUCUUGUCAUUCAUUGAAUAUGGGUUGAAAAGGCGUUGCAAAUCAUUGUAUUCCGUUUAUAUUUACAUCUAACACAAUUUCCUAACUCAUAUGGAAACGGGGUUUGUACAAGUAAUAAGAAAACAAAAUUGCCUUACUUACCAAUCAAGGAGGAACUUAGCAAGUUUGGCGUCAGAUGAAAAAAUCUUCUCCGCCUUCAAUCGUCUCCAUCUUUCAAACCCAUCCCUGAUACAAAUCCUCGUUUUGUUCCUGGCUUUGUCAUGAAUAAGUUGAGAAUCGUAACGACGCCUUUUAGAUUUACUAAGGUCUGACAUAUUUAGUAACUAUACCUGUGGCAGUAGCUAUACUAAGAUGGCGGUGCGUAACUGGCAACCUGGAUGUGGCACAUUAAUGAACUUUCCAAUUGGUUUAAACGGUGGAGGGAGGGGCAUCGAAAUGAAAACAAUAACACGAUUUCGGGGCUGUAAAUCUAAUUUUGAAAUGAGUAUAUCCCUGCUGAACUACUGUUAUCAGUUAUAGAGGUGUUAGAAAAGAACAUGAUUUAUUAAUGCCUUUUGAUAUAUCAGGGCCAUUUAAUGAUGACUUGACAUUAAAUUCUUACAUAUGUCUCCUUUAAAGAAAUAUAAAUCAAAAUAAUGACUUACUUGUAGGGCGAGUGACACAGUCUACACAAUGUAAGUCUACACAAAGUAGUUAAUUGUGAUUGAUACUUUGCUCGAGGAAAACUUUAGCAUUGAUGCGCUGUUUUAAUGGGUAGCGCAUGUUGACAGAACACUGGCUCCCAGCAUGUUUUGCGGCACUUGUUUUGAGAAAAUUUGCCAAAGUUUGGUGUUAAGAGUUGAUAUAUUUUGUUUGUGGUACUUGCCCUGUGUAUUUGUUGUGUUGCCAUUUUUGUGUUUGGACCGGAAUUUUGUGUUCUGUCUACAAUUUUGUUUUAUUUGCAACUGCCCAGUGUGCGCGGGCUGCAUUUACACUAAAAUAUGAUGUGACGUACAGCAAGGGGCUGUGAGUUUGAGACCUCUGAUGUAAAGUGUUCCUAUCCUACACGUGUACAGUUUCAGACUUAUGUAUAUGUUUCUAAAGUGGUUCCGAUGAUGUGGAAGUGUCAUCUGAUGAGAUUGGUGUGGUUUUAAAACGAUCCCUGCUUUCAUUUUUAUCAAACUUCUAAAUCUAGUGAACGGUCGAGUACGAGAACGUCACGAGAUUUCCACGAAAUGUUUUGAAUUCCUCUCGUCACAACUUUAGGUGACCUUUCAUGUAUGACAACUUUCCCGGUUUCCAGCACUAAUCACUGCUCAGUAGCGUUUUUUUUAUUAUGUUAAUAGGGUGUAAGAAUUGUGCAUCUACAGUGGGUCUGGGUUAGUUUUUGCCUCAUCCCUCACGUAAAGCGUGAGUGAAGAAUGUGUGAAGAAUGCACCACAGACCUGAUCCGGCCUGAUAUGUCCGAAAGAAAAAGAGAUGAUACAGUAUUAUCUGCUCACAGAUGCUCUGAUGCUACCGUGAAUCAACAGGAAUAUGUUUAGUUUUCCGGGGAUGUAAGACCUACCUCACGAUCACUACUUCUCUGUUUGGUGAACACAUUUAGCCAGAUUGUCCAAUAUUUAUCCACUUAUACCAAAUUGUUCUUUACUGUUUGAGGAAGCAUGGCUCUAUGCCAGUGUUUUUCAACCACUGUGCCGCGGCACACGAGUGUACCGUGAGAUAUUGUCUGGUGUGCCGUGGGAGAUUAUGUAAUUUCACCUAAUUGGGUUAAAAAUAUUUUUGCCAAACCAGUAAUUAUAAUCCGCAAAUGUGCCGUUGUUGAGUGUCUGUACUGUCGAGAGAUCGGCAGAUUAACCAUGUAAUACUCUUCCAUAUCAGUAGGUGGCAGCAGGAAGCUAAUUGCUUUGUAGAUGUUGGUUACAUGGUUUGUCGUGAUCACAUUAUGCAGACGACAGCGAUAGGCAGUGUGCAGGUGAAAAGGUAACUAAUGCUUAAACCAAAAAUAAACAAAAGACGAGUGACGCUAAGAAAAGGCAUUGAAGCUUAGAGAUGGCUCUGCAGAAUGAAACUUAAACUGAAAUGGCUGCAAAGUAAACAAAAACAGAAUGCUGGACGACAGCAAAGACUUACAGCGUGUGGAGCAGACGGUGUCCACAAAGUACAUCCAUACAUGACAUGACAAUUGGCGUGCUGUGACAGGUCGUGACUGUACACCUACUUUGAGACAAGAGCUAUAGUGAUGCAUGGUUGGUUAUGGUUUAAAUUCAUAUCCAACAAUUGCGAGAACGACUUUUUAAUGUCAAUAACGGCUGCGGAGUUACAUUUUUUUGUGUUUUAUGCUGGUGGGGUGCCUCCGGAUUUCUUCAAUGAAUAAAAUGUGCUUUGGCUCAGAAAAGGUUGAAAAACACUGUUCUAUGCGGCCCUUAACCAAUCACAACAGAACAGGAAGAACAAGAAUCCAUGAGUUUUGGCCAAGAGAAGAAGGCAGAUUUUUUUUUAGCAACUUAAUGAGUUUUUUUUUUUCACUGUCCUUUUAAAAGCUCCUGAAAUGAAAUUGAUUUGUUCUAAAAGCCUUGUUUUAUGCCAAUGAUGGCCAAAGUUUCUGCAUAAGUUGUUUCCUGCACAUUAUUUUCAUUAUAAAUUCAUAACCCGCAUAUGAAAAUGACUUCAGCACAGCUUCAGACGAUCGACAUCAUCAGCUGAGUUCAGGAACAACGUGAAUUGAGUGAUCAUGCAUUGCUGUCAGUGCUAACAUGAUAUAUUUUAUGUUAUGUUCUACUACCAACACAUUUGUCUGUCUGUUAUCUAGUUAAAAGACAAAAUGUGUAGCCUAUAGUGGGUCAUAUUUUGUUUGCUGUUAUAACAAUUUUUAAUGAAAUGUCUUUCAAAUAUCUUAUUAUUUGACAACACAUUCUUAUGAAUGAACUAAAAGAUUGUAAUUGAUGAGCAUGAAUGAGGCUUUUGAUGGAAUUAUCUUUUUAUGACUUGACUUGAGUGUCAGACACAUCAAUGAGGCCGCUUGUAAAAUACAUGUAAAUGUUUUCCAAAACAACCUUUUUACUAUGUAAGAAGUUAUGUGUGUAAAUGUAACACACCGGUCAUUUGAAAUGUGCUUUUUUUUACCUUCAUGACUGCAUUUCAGUGACGAUGUGCUUACAUAGUAAAAACAAUAAUUUUGUGUAUAUUUGCAGCUCCAUAGAAGAUUGACAUAUUACUCACUGUCAACUGCAGCAGCUUAAAACAAUCAUGUUUGAGGCCUUGAGUGUGUUUUAUUCAACCUGUCAGCAACAAUGUUGUGUGUUUGUUGAAAAGCAGCAAGCUUCAUGAUUAAUAAAGAUUUUGUUUUACCCAAAAAA